AUGUCUCCAUUGCAAUUGGCGUCACCUAGUAUGACCCCAACAAAGACUCGCGCACAACCUGCGGCAGUUCUCAACAAAAAGGCACGCAAAAGUCGCGUCGUCUUUGACUUUACCACAGACGAAAUGGCCAAGUACUUUCAUAUGUCACAACGCGAGGCCGCACAGCAACUCGGUGUCGCUACUGUUACCAUUAAACGCAACUGCCGGCGCCUCGGUAUCGUCUGGCCCUACCGCCUCAUGAAAUCCAAGAAGCACGCCAUUAAUUGGUCGGCCAUCUCGCGCGAAGAUGCACAACGGAUCCACCAGGAGCGUGCUCUAGAACAAGCCAAGGCUGGUCGCUCGCCGUUUAGUCGCAGCCACAGUCGUAGCCCGUCGGUUUUUCGUUUAAAUCCUGCUUCUGACGACGAGGCGGCCGCCAAGGUCAUGACCAUGCUAAGUCACUGCAGCAAAAUGAAGCUUACAAAGGCCGGUCGCGCCUUCGCACGGCUACCGCUGGAUUGCAUGGACACCUCUGACUAG